AUGUCAGACUCACUCCGUAACUCCAAUAACCCUUCAGCCGAUAAUUCCCCUGCUCCAUCACCGUUACCCAUACCCGCACGGUACCCGCACGCAGACCUCGAGGAUAAUGCGCACGUACACUCUUCCCCUGCCUUUGAUUAUCACGAAGAGCGAAGGCUGCAUCUUCAAGAUGAGAUAUGGCUCUCCCACAACUUACCACGACUUCCUCCAUCGACCGUAUCGGAAGCCGGAUCAUCAACGAGUAAAGCAGGAGGUGUAGGUGAGAUAGGAACGAGUUAUAAGAGUGCAAGUGGAAGACAAGGAUUAUCACCUGGACAAUUUAUGGCUACUUCACCUCUUACUCAGCAUAGAGCUAUCCCAUCGUCUGUCGCUAGUCCAGGGGAGAUCGAUCUAGGAAGACAAGGUAAGAAUCUUGAGAAAGGUGGUCAAUCAAUGUCAUUCACCAACGAUCAAGAUCGAGAGGCUGGCGAAAACCAAGAAGAUCAAGAAGAAGGUCUGUCGUCAAGGUUUCAGGGACAAGCUCAGGUCAAUCCGGUUGAAAGACACUCAAGUAUGUUAUCUCCCUCUGGACCGGAAUAUGGUGAUUUAGAUCCGGCACCUUCAAUCAUACAUAGACAAGAGAGGGACAAGCAGGAAGAACUUGAUUUAGAAGAAGAAGCUAGAGAACGAGAAUUGAAUGCCGCUCUUCUAAACACUUUGAACUCAGGUGCAAGAAGUGAAGGUGUAGAAGCUAAAGCCGCUGCUAAGCUGGCUGGUGCCGGCGCGAGCUUAACUCAACCUGGUGAGUGCUAG